CGACCCGCCCGCCCGCCCUCCUCCCUCCCGACCCGCUACGACUUGGAACUUGGACCCCUUCCAUUUCCCCGGCUCGCCUCGCCCACCUCCCUCCUCCAGGCUGCACGCGCCGCGAAUCUCCCGUUCAGAUCACUUCCCCUCCGCACCGAUCCUUCUUCUUCUUCCGUGUGUCGCGCGGCGCCAUCCCAUCGGGUGCUCGUGUCUUUGCGGAUUCUCGCGUGCUUGCGAGUCAACCUGGACUUCCCUCCGGUCAGGUUUGCUGGCUCUGCCUGCCGCUGACCCCGGAGGAGGAGGAGGAGGAGGGGGAGGGGAGAGCGCGCGGCCGCCGGCGAUGGACGCCGGAGGAGGGGUCAACCCGGACUGCCCCAACGCCGCCAACCCCUUCCACCGCUGCGCCGAGUACUGCCCCGUCCCAGCCCCCAGAGCCGCCGCGCCCAAGCCGUCCCCGCCUCGUCCCCGGCCGGCGCAGAACGGGACCAGGCAUGGGGACGGCGCCAAGCGGGUGGUUCCCGCUGCCGCCGACGACUCCGAUGAGGAGGCCGGAGCGGAGCGGGCGGUGAACCCGGACUGCCCCAACGCCUCCGAUCGCUUCCACAGCUGCACGGAGUACUGCCCCGUCCCGGCCCCAAGAGCGGCGGCCAAGUCGCCCCCGCCGGGGCCGGGCCACGCGGCGCAGAACGGGACCGCGCACCGCGACGACGAGGAAUGCGAGAUUACGGCCGCCAAUGAUUCGGAGGAGGAAGUGGGGCGCAUCGAAGAGUCUCCGAAGGUUGGCGGGGCGAGGAGGAGCGAGCGGCCGCCGGCGAAGGACGGGGAGGGCGCCGGAGAUGGGCAGUGGCAGGCGGUCAACCCGGACUGCCCCAACGCCGCCAACCCGUUCCACCGCUGCGCCGGGUACUGCCCCGUCCCGGCCCCCAGAGCCGCGGCCACGCAUCCGCCGACGCCACGGGGAGACGAGGGGAGCACGCGCAGUGACCCUGGCGAGCUGCACCCCAGGCCGCGCCGCCGCGACAAGGGCGGUGGCUCCGGGGGCCUCCCCUUCUACGUCUUUCUGCGCGAAGGUUCCGAUGCCGACGGAAAGAAGGUGGAUCCUCGCUGCCCCAACGCGCCCAACCCGUUCCACGUCUGCACCGACCAUUGCCUCGCCAAGAUGGCUGAGGCCAGCGCCGUCAGCCGCUCGUCGGAGGGCGGCAAGUCGCCCUUAUCCAUCUUUUCUCGUCACUCACGCCGUUCCUCGUCCUCCUCCGAAGAGGGUAGCGUGAAGUCGACUGGAAGUAGGAAGGUGGAUCAAAAGUGUCCCAAUGCUGCCAACCCGUUCCAUGAAUGUGGUGAGCAUUGUGCUGCCAAGACACAGCAGGUGGAGCAGCACAAGGGGACCAAAAUGCAGUCCCCACGAAAGAAAGUUGGAAAGGAUGUUGCAUUGGUUCCGAAUUGGAAGGUUGAUCCGAGGUGCCCUAACGCGUCUAAUCCAUUCCAUAUGUGUGCUCAAUAUUGCUUUGAUCAUUUGAAUGAAACAGCGCAGACAAGUGCAACCAAGUCAGACAAGAAAAAAGGCAAGGCUGUUUCUAAAGAAGUGAAAAGAGAAAUUAAUCCUGAUUGUGCCAACUCAUCCAACCCCUACCACACGUGUGGUGAACACUGUAAGAGGAAGGGUGAUAGGUAGCUGUGGAAGGCUGUCGAGACAAGGCUUCUUCGGAUAAUCGAUGAUGGUGAAAAAUAAUUUAAUCCCAUUUACAAUAGACUUUGAGUAGAGGCUGUGUUUCUCACGGCUCCAUUUUGUAGAGUGGCUGCAGCUGUUUCAAUCUUCGCAGUGUGCUUCCAUAUAUAUUUUUUCAUUGUGCCAUUUACACCCCCGCACGCAUAUAUAGGACCCCCAUGUAAUGUAUUUCCUGAAGGUUGUACAAAUAGAUGCAUCCUAUUUGUUCCCUUUUUUUUGUACUAUAAAGCAAGCAGGUUUUCCAUCCCA